AUGGAUGAGAAUGCUAAUCUUCAAAUGCCAUUGAAACAUGAUAAUCUGACAAAUGAUAUGGGCAAAAACCAGAUCGAGCAACAGCCAAAGCAAAGCUCCAAGGGUUUUGUGUUUGGCCCAUUCAAUCCUGUUGUUAUGCCUAAAGUAGGUGAAGCCAGCAAGAAUAAUGUCAAAAGAGUUCAGGACUGGGAGAGCCUUGCCUCUUUUUAUGGCCGUCAAUAUCACAACCAAGCAUUAGUUGCAGCUCAACAAAGAUCAUCCAACAUUAGCUUAGGUUCCUCUCUUUCCCCCUCCACCAAUUCAUCAUGGCUUUCUUCUUCUGGUCGUUUUGCCAUUGGAUUUUAUCCACAAGGAAAUGGCUUUGCCAUUGGAAUUUGGUUUGCCCAAAUACCUCAACAUACAGUAAUAUGGAACCCACUUCCAGAUGACCAACCAUAUUUGUCUAGUAACGCUACCUUGCUCCUAACCAGUGAUGGUAGUUUCAUCCUGCAACUCACACAAGACCAAGAAAUUGAUCUUAGAGACUACGUAGGGUCUGUCUCCAUCUCUUGGGCUUCCAUGCUUGACACGGGCAAUUUUGUUCUAUAUGAUCCAAGUGGAGAGAUUGUAUGGCAAAGUUUUGAUAGGCCUACCAAUACCCUUCUUCCAGGACAAAGUCUACUCCCAGGGCGUGAGCUUCUUUCUCGUGUAUCAGAAACUGAUCACUCGAAUGGAAGAUUUCGGCUCAAGAUGCAGAAUGAUGGUAACCUUGUUCAAUACCCUACUGGAACUCCGGAGACAGCCCAAUAUGCAUAUUGGUCAACAGGUACCAAUAAAUUUAUUAUUGGAUACAACAUGACGACAUUAAAGCUUGAUGAAGAUGGAAACCUAUAUCUGUUUGAUAGUAAGGGCGUCACUAUAAAGAAUCUAUCUACCGGUGGAACUCCGAUCAACAGGACACUUUUUUAUCGCAUGACGAUCGAUGUUGAUGGGAUCUUCAGAGUCUAUUCCAUUAAUAGUGUGGAUCAGAAGAGUAACUGGUCGGUCAUGUGGGAAUCAUCGACAGAUAAGUGUACCCCCAAGGGCAUUUGCGGCUUGAACUCGUAUUGUAGUCUCAUGGAUCAACAGGCCAUAUGCAAUUGUAUUCCUGGGUUCGACUUCAUUGAUGAGAGUCAACAAAGUUUGGGUUGUCUGCAAAAGUUAAAUGCUGAGGACUGUGGAAAUGAAAUCAUGUCUACAUUGGAGAAGACCGAAUGGAAAGAUGAUCAAUAUACAAUUUUAUCAACCCCAACUGAAGGAGAAUGCAAAGAGGCUUGCUUGGCGGACAGUGAUUGUGAAGCUGCAUUGUUUGUAGACCAGUCAUGCAGAUUACAGAAGCUCCCACUGAGAUAUGGAAUAAGAAAACUAAGUACAUCUACCUUAACUUUUAUUAAAGGCAGAAAUUGCAGUUCUAGUACUCCCACCUUUCCAAUAACUCUUUUAAAUCCAGACUACCCUUGUUUUUAUGUAAAACUUUACAUCUAA